AGUUGCUGAGUGUGUGCGUUUCUUGGGAUUGGGUACUUCCGGAAUGGAAGAUCUCAACCGUGGACGUCAUGGGAUCCGGAGAUAUCGACGGCAAAGAAGGCUUUUAGAGGGGGUGGGUCUGCGGAAAGGUGUGUGAUGCGUGCGGAGGUGGCGUUGUGGAGGGUUCGGAUGGAAUCUGCUGACGGUACCCUAUCCACAUGGAGCUCCGACAAAGUGGGCCCGCUAGUGGGAUGACACUUGGCAUCUGUUCUUCCAUCUCACCCCCACUUGCCACCAAGAGCCACAAACGGGGGUAGAGGUGUCUGUGGGGGGUGUCUCGUUUUUGCAAUCACGAAAGUUAAGUUUACAUGUACGAACUUGAAGUUUAUACACGAGGCUUGUUCUGUGAAAUUGUGAAAAGUUCAACUGUCACUGUCCAUUUUCCCUUACACCGUACAGUACCACGCAUCCCAUCCCUUUCCUCCCCUUCCACUCCACCCUGCUGCAGCAUCGAGGAUUUCCUCCACUGCCAGCAGCAAGCCUUCUCCUCUCCAUCCCUUCGCGAGACUCACGUCGCUCCUUUCUCGUCGAGCCCUCCCAGAGCACCAAUCGCCCACAGGUGGCUUGCGACGAACACAGGAAAGCCGGCCGAGUCAUGCACGCUUUUGGUCUCGAUCCCUCGUCUCGUCUCGUCGGGAACCUCCCGACGGUCCGACUGUGAGUGACAUGCGCAGAGUGUUGAGCUGGCAAGCACGGUCAGAUAGAAGGCGCAAAUCCUAGAGAGUUGACGCAUUCGGGUCGAUAGAGCAGGUAGCAUUGUAUUGUAACACUACGACCAUUCGGUGUCGUGGCGUGACCUCCAGGACAGGACCCGCGAUCACCAACACUCCCUCGUUUCCAGGGCUCACGAGCUUUUUCUUCUCGUUUCGCAAAGGAACGACGAGCCUUGUCUUGACACCCACUGGGUUAGCGACUCCGUUAUUUCUACAAGAGUCAGCGUGACGCGGCCUUUGUUCCGUGUCGCACGCUCCGCACGGCGCGCCGAGGGCCGGCGGUUCGACGGGGCGGUCGACGGUCGACGGUCGACACCAUCAUGGCGGGCGCGCCCAUUCGUUGGGCCGAUAUCGACGCCUUCACCGGCGGCGGCGGCGGUGGUGGCGACAUUUGCGGCGUCAGGCGGACAGUCAACGCCGAUUCCCGCCCGCUCAGCAGACUAAUGUCGCCGUCGGACGGAACGGAACGGGCGGGGCUGGCAAUGCCGACGGAUCGCGCGAGGCGCGGCGGCGGCGGCGGCGGCGGCGGCAUGCAGCGGUCGAGCAGCGUGGACGGCGGCUCGGCGGCGGUGGCGGGAAGCGGGGGCCGCGGCCCCGGCGGGGCCGCACCGACCAAGCGACUGUUGGUGGUGCGAACGGCGUCGCAAGACGACAGCUGGGAAGCCUUGGAGCAGCAGUGUCGGCGCAUGGAGGCCGUCGGGUUGCGCAUCGACAACAUUGACCUCACCUGCCUCGCCGCCGCACAGCCCGCGGAAGGCGCGGAAGCGGACGAGACCCGCCGCCAAUCCGCGCGCGCGCGGCCCGCGCCCGGGGGGGAGCGGCAGAGGGAAGAGGAGGAGGCAGCGGCGGGAGGGCAGGAAACGGGAGAAGAGACGGGCGGAGAGGCAGCGGGGGGGGAGGCGCAUGUUAAGUACGCUUUUAGCUUAGUUCCUAGGUCACGUGCCAGCCGCGAAAACUCCGAAUCGUCAGAGUCAGUACCGCUGCAAUCACCUUGCUCCGUUGCCUCCAGGUCGGAUCUGCCGCCCCGUGCUCCGUCACUGGACGGCAGCGCUGACGUGGCAGGAUCUGAAGAUUCCGUGCCGCUGGAGGGGGAGAGGCUGGAUUUCGCCGAGAUAUUUGCGGAUGGCAUGCGAGUCGAUAGAGUCACAUUGCCCCUCUACGAUGCUCCCACGCCCCAUAGAGAGGGGGGAGGAGGAGGGGGGGGUGGAUUUCACUGCGGUGCUCCCCCCAUAGAGUCAGGAGCGCACGUACGCGGGCGUGGUCCCCCGUCGCCAUGCGCCCCUGUGCUGGUUCCCGGGGUGGUUUACUCUGCAAAUAGGGAAAGUACCCCCAGUGCAUUUGGGCAGGGGCUUCCCAUGCCACCACAGAUUGUGGCGAGUGACGUUGCACCGGCUAUUCUCACACCAGGUUCCGUGUAUCAUUCUUCCUUUCAACCCUCCUCCUCCUCUCACUCCUCCUCUCACUCCUCCUCUCACUCCUCCUCUUACUCCUCCCUCUCCAUCCUCCCUCCCGCCUCAUUCUCAGAUUCCUUCCGCUCACUCCCCUCUCCUUCCGCCAUACCCUCACAAGCAUCCCACUCCCCUGCUUCCUCCGCCCGCCACUCCUACUCCGCCUCCCCCCUCUCCACUAUCCCCACCCAGGCCUCCCACUCCCCCACUUCCUCCACCCUCCAUUCCCACACUGCUUCCCCCCUCUCCGCCUCCCACGCUCCUCCCUUUCCCCCCGCCAAGCCUGGGUCUGCCCGGAAACCUGCCCGGGGCUUCCAUCGCAGGAGCAACUCUCUUUCGGUGCUGACCGAGUAUCUGCCCGGGGUGCAAGCUAGCAGCUCCCCGGCGGGCAAUCACCUCUCAUCCGCCGCCCUGCCUGACCGACCCCCAAUUGACCGCCCCCCAGCCGACCGCCCUCCAGCUGAGAAACCCCCAACGCCCCGAGCGCCCUCCGCUUCCAGGUUUGCUCGGUCCCCCUGCGACUCCCCUGCUGCAGGUGGCAGUGUGUCGCCACAGCUUCCACACACGCAGCACAUGCAGCUCCAGAGCGGGCAGCAUGCAGAGCAGGUGAGGCAGAUGCAGCAGGCCAUGCAGCGAGCGCAGCAGCUGCAGAUGAUGUUGCCGCCUUCCACUGCCAGCUUGCCUGGCAGCCGGCCCAGGACGCCAUCGCUCCACCGCUUCUCCCCAUCGCUGCCAGAGCUAGCCGUUGCAGAUGCGGCAGAGGAGGCAUAUGAGGACCUAGCAGGGAGCCCAGUUGCAAUGGAGCUUCCGUCGCGACUCGGGAACGGCAGGCACGGUGCACCAGUGCCAGCUCAGAGGCAUGGUAUGCCAAGCCAAGUUGGAGGGCUCGGUUCACCAAAUCAAGCUGGGAGGCUCGGGGCCACAGUGCAGGCUCGGAGACCCUCACCAAGGAGUGGUUUGGCGGCUGGAGGCUCGGGCGGGGCCAAGGCAGGAGUUAAGGUGUGGGAGGUGUCAGAGAGGGGCUCACUGUUGGGAAAGGGGCGGUCCUUGUCUAGUAGAGAGUCUGCUGAUAGGAGUAUGAGCAGCGAUAAUGUUCUGGUGGACUGGAGUGUCAUCGAGGCUGAAGCUGAGUGGGUGGCUGUGGAAAGAAGGCAAGCUUUGGUGAAAGCAGGGGAGGUUGGUGAGGGGGGCGAUGGCAGCAUGCGGGGUGAUGGUGCGGGGUGUGAGGGUGUGAGGAGUGGCAGUGUGAGGGGGCAGGAGGAGGGUGUGAGGAGCAAGAGGAGUGUGCUGAAGAAGAUGCUGUGGCGGUUCAAGUCGGAGCCAGUGGGGGAGGGGGAGGACUCUGCUGCUCAGGCGCUGCAGGAGCAGCGGCAGCAGCAGCAGGAGCAGGAAAGGGGUAGCCCUCACACAGUGCGUGUCUUCGCAGUAGCUGAGUGCUGAUAGGGUUUGCAUGACAGGCUUCUGUGUGUUGUGGCUGCAGACGGGUUGCCAAACUAUGUAGCUUUGAUGGUCCAACUUUGCGUUGCAGUUUGUAUUGCUCUCCAUUGAGAAAGCUUGCUACUUCUCA